AUGGUUAAUAGAGAUCCAGAUUUUGUUGAGUCUUAUUUGGAUUAUGCUAGGGAAAACCCAUCUAUGGCCAAUAUGGUAAACCUGGAGUGGAAUAUGGAUGAACUUGUCCUGGCCCCUAAUUUAACUAAUAGAGACACAGUUCUUGGGCUAGCUAUAAUGGCCUCGAACGCAUAUGUUUCUACUCCACAUGAAGGUGACUGGAGAAAUCUUACUGACCCAUGGAAUUCCCAUAUGGGUCAUGGCUGGGAUGGCAAUGGUGUUAGGGGUCAUGUUUUUGUUUGUGAAAACUUCAACAUCGUAGUUAUUUCAUUGAAAGGAACUAGUUCUCAAGGAUUACCAGGCACUGGUGGUGAGAAAGAUACCAUAGAAAAUGAUAAGAUCAAUGACAAUUUAUUAUUUUCAUGUUGUUGUGCCAGAGUAAGCUAUUUAUGGACAACAGUUUGCGACUGUUAUACUAAAUCUUAUACCUGUAAUGAAAAUUGUUUAGAGAAAGAGUUGAGACGUAAGGAUAGGUAUUUCCAAGCAACCUUGGAUAUAUAUAGAAAUGUAACUGCAUUAUAUCCGAACAGUACGAUAUGGGUAACGGGCCAUUCACUAGGCGGUGCUCUAGCAAGUUUAUUAGGACGUACUUUUGGACUACCAGCGGUUACCUUUGAAGCUCCGGGAGACUUAUUACCUACGAGAAGAUUACACCUACCUAUGCCGCCAGGGUUACCGACAUAUUUAGAAGGUAUUUGGCACUUUGGUAACACCGCAGAUCCAAUUUUUGUUGGUACAUGUAAUGGAGCCAGUUCUUCUUGUUCGAUGGCAGGGUACGCCAUGGAAACAUCAUGUCAUUCAGGAAAGGUUUGCGUAUACGAUGUAGUUAAGGAUAAGGGUUGGCAUGUGAAUAUGUUAAACCAUAGAAUCCACACCGUUAUAGAUGAAGUUUUAUUGAAGUAUGAUGAACCUGCUGAAUGCAAGAAACCGGAGCCUUGUGUUGAUUGUUAUAAUUGGAAUUAUAUUGUAGAUCGUGAUACUGAUAAAGACGAUGAUACUGAUAAAGACGAUGAUACUGAUAAAGACGAUAAUACUUCUGAUCAGUCUAAUAGCAACACAAACGUUGUAAGUUCCAUCUCAUCGGUGAGAUCCACUACUGCUACCCUUAUUUCAACUACAAAAAGUCCUACACUUACUAGUUCAAGUACUAUAACAUCCUCUAGUACAUGUAUUGGGCGUAACUUUUUUGGUUGGUGUACUGAGUAUGGAGUGGGAAUAAUAUAA